AUGAGCGCUCCUUCAGGCCGCCUGAGAGGCCGUAUUGCGGUUGUCACAGGCAGUUCUUCUGGACUUGGUGCCGCGAUUUGUUUCGCCUUCGCCGCUGAAGGCGCCAACAUCUUUUGCAUCGACCUCUACCCUUCCCCUCGUAACGCGAUCAACCCAGUCACUCUCAGAGCCGAUGACUUCAAUAAUCGCACAGCAAACCAACCCGGCACCCAUGAGCGCAUCCGCCAAAUGGGAGGGGAAGCGACCUACCACAAGGCGGACGUUACGAAGGCCCGUGAGAUGGAUUUUGCCAUCAGGGCUUGUACUCAGCGGUAUAAGAGAGUAGACAUUAUGGUGAACAAUGCCGGGAUCAGUGUUGAGAGCACACACAUUCGACCACUGAGGUGUCACGAGACUAGCGAGGAGGACUUCGAUAAGACCAUCGCAAUCAAUACCAAAGGCAUGUUCUUGGGAUGCAAGUACGCCCUCAAGCAAAUACUCGAUGGACAGGAGAAGAUAUACAAUUCUCGAGGCUGGAUCAUCAAUACUGCAAGCAUCCAGGGUUUGACUCCGUACUAUGGCACGCCUAGCUACUGCGCCAGUAAAGGGGCAGCGGUUAUGUUGACGAAACAGAUCGCCUUGGACUAUGCGAAAGAUCUCAUUCACUGUAACGCCCUGUGCCCGGGGUUUCUGGAGACCAGCAUGACUCAAAAUCUGCAAGGCCAGGAGUCCGUACUAGCAGAGAUUCAGAGCAGACAUCCUCUAGGUGGCAACCUGGGCAAAGUCGAGGAUGUCGCAAAAGCAGCGGUCUUUCUGGCCAGUGAUGACGCCGCUUGGAUAACCGGUGUUCCCCUACCGGUGGAUGGAGCGUACCUCCUAAGGUAG